CGGAUCACGGUCGGGCCUUCUCGCAUUCUUUUCCAUCGCUUCGGAAAAAGGCCCUUGCGCUUCGCGUUUGCGGCAUUCCCUACCGCGUUCAUGGCGAGAGAGAAGAGCCCCGGCUUGAAGAUCCUCUGGCUCUGGACCUUCGGCACCGCAGCUGUGUUGGUGACGAGCGUGAUCAGGACGAGGAUGCAAGACAUGGAGCAGCUCAUGAACGCCGCCGGCGAGCCGGACCAUCCCCCUCAGCGUCCUUCCUCCGACGCCGUCGUCCUGCUCCACCCGUCUUCGGAGCAACCGGGCCAAGCCCUUCGCGACGACAAGAUCUAGCGACUGUUGAAGGGUCCGAUCUCGCGGCUGCUCUCCUGGACCUGCACGCCAUGUGUUUGAUGAAUGUCGUCAACGAGCUUCGACCCGAAAAGAAAAUGAUAAAGGACUUGUCUUAUAAAUUGUCUUUCUCUCCAUCGCUUGAUGUUUGCAUGCGAUGCACUUGAUAAACGUCUUGAUGAGCCGAGUUUUAGCUCUUUUAUGCAUUCUUGAUGAAGUUUUUGUA